CAGCUAGACGUGGUUGGAGCAGGAAAGAACUCUGCGCUAUUUGUGUUUUGUUACUGGGUUAUUGCUCUCCAACCCAAUGAGAUGCUGCUGGAAUAUUUUGUGAAAUAUAUUUUUGUUUUUUCUUUUCAUUUAUUUUUUAUUCUAGUGGUUUAAAAUUCCAUGGGAACUGAGGUAAGGUCACCCUGAGUCACUGGACUACUUUAACCCAAGGUAGCUAACGUAAGGUUCAUGUUCAUCAUGUUCCCUUCAAAAGUUAAAAUUCUGCAGAGACUGCCACAACUUAGACACACAUUUAGGUGCUAUACUUCAUUUGGAAAAGCCGCCUGCUCCAGACUGGUUUUGGGCAUUGAGACAAGCUGUGAUGAUACUGGGGCUGCUGUGUUGGACGAGAGAGGUGCAAUACUGGGAGAGUCUCUACAUUCACAGAAGGAAGUACAUCUGAGGACUGGUGGCAUCAUCCCCACUGUGGCACAACAACUCCACAGAGAAAAUAUAGAGCAUGUGGUCCAAGAAGCUUUGGAGAGAAGCGGUGUGGACCCAAGCCACCUCUCAGCUGUGGCCACCACAGUGAAGCCGGGCUUGGCCCUGAGUUUGGGCAUAGGUCUUGAGUUCAGUCAGAGGUUUGUGAGGCAGCACAACAGGCCAUUCAUCCCCAUCCACCACAUGGAAGCUCACGCCCUGACUGUCAGGAUGCUACAUCCAGUUGCAUUCCCCUUCCUGGUCCUGCUCAUUUCUGGCGGUCACUCACUUCUCGCUGUGGCUCGAGGAGUCGACGACUUUCUGCUUCUGGGUCAAAGUCUGGAUGAAGCACCGGGGGAUACACUGGAUAAAGUGGCAAGACGUUUGUCCCUCAGAAAACACCCACAAUGCUCCACACUAAGUGGAGGACAAGCUAUAGAACUUCUGGCAAAGAACGGUGACAAGAAGAGGUUCAAUUUCAGGACACCUAUGGGGCAAACUCCUGACUGUUGCUUUUCUUUCGCUGGGCUACGGAAUGACAUUACAAUAACCAUAACAAAAAAAGAGAAAGAGGAAGGUAUAGAACAGGGGACACUGUUGUCAUGUGUGAAUGACAUUGCAGCUGCCACACAGCACACUGUUGCCGCUCAUCUCGCAAAGCGCACACAUCGUGCCAUCUUGUUCUGUAAGGCAAAUGGCCUGCUGCCAUCAAGCAGCCCCACCUUGGUGGUGUCUGGAGGAGUUGCAAGCAACCAGUAUAUCCGCAAGGCUUUGACUGUCAUCACUGAGACUACAGGACUACACCUGCUCUGUCCUCCAGCCAAAUUCUGCACUGACAAUGGAGUGAUGAUUGCAUGGAACGGUGUUGAGCGCCUGAGAGAAGGGAAAGGGAUACUGUCUCCAAAUAUAGAUGUCCGCUAUGAGCCAAAGGCACCGCUGGGUGUUGAUAUGACGGCAGAGGUGAGGGCAGCAGCGAUCAGGUUGCCAUCAGUCAGGAUCAAGAUCUCCAGCUGACAGACUGUGGCUUUUGUCCUGUGCAAAAAAUUGUUUUGUCACUCCUGGAUUUUCUCAGGUCAAAAUAUAUGCUGUGUAUAUAUUAUAUAUGUAUAAAGCACAUUAUACAGGUAUUUAUGUUACA